CUAUUUACAAAACAAUGAAGCGCUGUUUAAUCAUAAACAACAACAAAUUCAUCCUACUUAAAGGAUUAGACUCUAAAGGGACUGAGUGAUUUUUUUUGAUUGACUAGGGAUGAACGAUUCUGAACUCAAAAAUCUGUGCAUCACCUUUUAAAUCUUCCUGAUCGGUACAUCCCUAGAAAACAAUGUUCUGAUGCCCACAAUCACCAAGUCUUUUAUUACCCAGAAUUGAUUCUCAACUGUUUCUUGAAAUACUACUGACGAAAAAAAGUUCUAGAAAAUAGAUAUUUCAAGUUCUAUUUCUGGAGCCGCAUUGGCGUUAUGUCAGACGAUGGCUGACUUCCACAGAGGAAAAAUGAACGUAUGCUAACACCUCUGCUAUCACUGAGACCUCAAAAUAUUUAUAUUCGGUGCGCGAACCCAUUUCCGUUAAGUACCCCAGCAGAAAAAAGUUUUCCGAACUUGUUCAUCGUUCCGAAUCCGUCAAGCUGAAAGCUGCAGAUUCUAUACUAGUGGUAACGCUAAUCAUCGCUACUUCGUCGAUACAUCUUUGCGCAGAAGUGUUUCUUAUCUGGACAGCCUAAAAUAUUAACGAUGCUUUUGACCGACUGCUGUAACGCACCGUCUACGGUGAUCCAAUUGGUCGUAAGUGCAGCAAGUUCUACCAGACCAUUUCUCUUUCUUCGUCUUUUCUGUCUGAAGGGAUCGUCUAGCCGGGCAUUGUGAAGUCGCACCAUGGAGGCAUCAGCAGAUGAGAGUCGCACGGCUGCGGCCGGUCGCCUUAACUAUGUUAUGAAGCACACGUCAAUACCAGGCUGUCAGGGGGAAGAACGGUAGUACGCUAAGGAUGUUCCGGAUAGCAGUAGCUCGGCAUACGAAAAAAUUAAGUGGAAUUGCUCGUAAGUUAUUAAGUGGAAGAAAAGCACGCCAAGAAAACUAGCAAUGUAACUAGGCUUGUUUGACCUCCCUAUAUCUUAGAGAAGCAAGCGAUAAAAUGAGGGUGUCAACAAUGUCCGAGUAUUAGACAUAGAUGCUUAAAAAGGAUACUUCCGGAUCAGUUAUGAGUGAAGUUCAGUUAAUAGACACUUAAACCAUUAAGAAUUGUAUCUAUGCGUGUUAUAUGCUUUCGUUGUACCAUUGAAAUCAAUCUUAAAAGACAAUUGUUAAUCACUAUAACAGAUCGAUCGAAACUGCAUUCGCCGAGAGAACUUCCUGCAGACGAAUAUUUAUUUGUGACAACGAAGAACUUUAUCUAUCAAGUAUCCAUACGAUAGGUUACAGUUACCAGCUGCGCUACAUCGUGCCAGCAAGAUUUGCAAGUUCCUAAUCUUCCAAACAUGCGUUUCCAGAAUGUGAUUUGGCCCCUAUUUGUAUUGGUAUGGAGUACGAUCUUAGAACCGUUUUCGUGGGCUGUCCUCGACAAGCUUGUAGAAAAUGUGUUGGAAAGAAGGGCAGCCACAGGUGGAUACUUUACAAACAGCAACGAGGGAUCGUUGGUGUUUUCGUCAGCUCUUCGACAAGUUAUUGAUGAUCAGUUUUUCUGCGGGAUCUACGUACAGUUCGAUGACGCGUUAGAAAGAUCCCUUACCACUAUUUACGGCUACCGAAUGGCCAAGCCAAUUCUGGGCAGAAUUGUCAUCCGGAUGAUACAGGCUGCUACAAUGGUGUUUCAGCGCAGCGGAAGCAGAUAUCUGAGUCAGAUCAAUUUUUACCUCAAAAAACUUCGACCACGAGCCGUGCCUAAAAUUGGUUUAAACGAUUUCCUUGACAACCCGCACAUACCCAAUGCAAAAAACUAUUGCAUUCUUGUACACUUGACAAAUGAUGAUCCACAUGGGUUCGUGGGCUUUGGAAAGCUAUCGGGCGUGUGCCAUGGCCAGAUUGAACAGACGCAUGCUAUGAGCAUGGUGAUUCGACACCCGGAUCAGCAGUGGCAAUUGGAUCUAACGUUCGUGCAUGAGAUCGGUCAUCUUUUCGGAGCGGAACAUGAUGGGAUACCUGGAUUAAUUCCUGGAGACAUACGAUGCCCUCUAUCGGAAAACGAGCCAGCCAAUUACAUCAUGCAUCCUCGGUCCCGUUAUAGCUACCACGAAAAUCAACGCAAGUUCAGCACCUGCUCCAUCCGCAGCAUCCAGCAUCAUCUGGCGAUUGUUUUUCAAUCUGGAGCAUACAAACGCUGCAUGGACAGUUUUUCCUAUGAGACCUGCGGAAUCAAGCUGAACAAGGGUCCCUGCGCCCCUGAGGAAAUUAGCCCAGAGUUUACGGUCGACAAUUGCUGGCCGCUGUCCUACGCGACGCCUCCGAAAGAGUGGCCACAGUGUACCGUAACCGAUGGCGCAUGCUGCAAUUUGACGUCGUGUAAAUUCGCUAGGCACGGUACUGUCUGUCAGGCUGAAACGAAGUGCCACAGAGCUGCCACUUGUAACGGCAUAUCGGCAGUAUGUCCUGAGCCUCGAUGGAAACUUAAUGGCACACGGUGCGGAGAUGCUAGUUGCAUGGGAGGUUUAUGCGUAGGGAGUCUUUGCGUAUCAUUCGGCUUCCAGCCGUGUUUUCCCACCAGCAGUGUAAUCGGCGAGAUGUGCCAUCCAUAUUGUUAUGGUACCCCGACAACGCUGUUGUCUGUCUCUUCAAACAACUGCGUGCCUCUAUGUGAACUCGACAAAUCUGUACCCUGCACAACAAUCAUGACUCCAGGUUCCAGGUGUGGGAGACAUGGUGUUGGCUGGUGUACCUUCAGCGGAGAAUGCCAUCGUCGGUUCGAUGAUAAUCACGAAUUGAACAGGCUAGCGACCCUUGCACCCCAAGUCCUCACGCUGACGUUUGUUUCAUUUCAUAUCGCUGCUAUAUAUUGGCUCAUGACUCGCGUCAAAUUAGGAAAUGCAGCUCGCAGUCAGGCCAAAACACUUGAGCAGGACGUGAACUUGUUCAUUGAUUUCAUCGAAGCUAUAUACCCAGUUGCCGACAAUCCGACCAAGCAACGUUCAGACAGUAAUGAUGCAUAUGUACACAUGGUUUCAUAAACAAGUGUUAAUUAUUAUUCUGUGUAAUAGAGAAUGACCGCGAUGCCAAAACAAUCGCCUUCCUGUGACCUUUCGUCGGAACACUUAGUAAUGGUGGUUCUUUUUGAUGCAUCGAGCAUCUGGAGUACUGUGCCGGCUCCCCAACAAGCCUUGCUGUCCUCAUUGCAGGUUCCCGUUGAGCAGCUGCCAAAGAGGUCGUCCCCGCUACCUUCACUCCACGGGGAUGAAGUGACGGAACCCAAUCUAUCGCGGAUAGGAUCAAUGGUGCCCGACGGGUCAGGGUAUUUAGGUACCGCGGCCAAAUGGCAACUUUGGAACGUUUGGGAUUUCUGUGUGCUUAGGUGUCUGCGACAAUGCGGCCCCUUUCGAACUGAAUUCAAAAGUAAAAUCGACGAAACUAACUAGGAAAACAGACGUGGAUGGACGAAAGGGAGGUUGAAUAUAAAAUGCCAAUAACAAACACACAUCUUUUGCCUUUAUUAGAUUUAUUCGCGUACGAAGGUGGCGCUUGCAACUGACCCGUAAGGGAAAAAUAUGCAACGAUGCAAUCGAUCGGAACAAGGAUUACACUCGAAAAAUAAUGAAUAUGUUUGGCCUGUAGAAGUAGUAGAGCAGGAUAUCUACCUCACGCUCUGCGUAACUCUUACGGAAGUAGAAUUCCGGAAGACUAAGGCAGCACGAACGUGGUCCACUAGCAGUUUUAUAGUAUAUAAUUCUAUACUCUUAAGCUGUAGAUGCGGAAUUAUCUGUCGAAAUAUGUCACGAAUAUAAGCAUAACAAAAACGCCAAUGAAAAGACCACUAAUGGCUAUUUAUGGCUCUUCAAAGUACAGGCUCUAUGUAUAUACUUAACAAAGAAAAUUGUUGUAAAGAUAUGUUGUAAAAUGGAGGAGGAUGUAAACGGUAAGUUUGUUGAGUCAUUAGAUUUUUUCUAAAGUUUUAUGAAUUUUAUUACAUGUUUGAAAUGAUACUUCGUCAACUCAUAGAAAAUUUAACAAGUCAAGGAAAACGACAGGGUACGCAACAAUAGACGAAGCCGGUGUGCAAUGUAAUGUAUACGGAAGCCAAUGCCGAACUAAUAAAGUUUCCGACGCAGAUUUUCA